CUUUACAUUUAAAACAAAAUCAUCAAGUCUGCAUCAUGAAUUCUACAACACUUUUUAUUUUCAUUGGUCUUGUUGUGCUGAUAUCUACCAACACCACCUAUGCUAAAAAGCAUAGAAUUUCUCCCAAAAUUCGAGAAAUGAUUUGUCGAAGAUGUUGGGGACGAUUAUACAAAUAUUGCAGUGGUUCUGUCCGAUUGUCGAAAAGAAGUGUUGAUGACGACACAGAGGAAAUUACGUCACUCGCUCGCAACUUUCAAGGUUCGUCAAUGAGAAAACAAGAACGAUCAUGGCUGUCACGUGUUAAAGCAGAGGUUUAUUCUAGGCGUAAAAGAAGAGCUUAUAGAACUUUCAGAAUACAAAUAAAAAACUGUAAAGUAUGCCGGGAUAUUUGCUUUUGAAGAUAUUGAAAAAACGGGUCAUAUCGAAAAAAAAAACGAAUGUACCGCCUCGGCAAAAUGAGAGAAGAGCAAAGAUAACGACUUAUGGCGAAAGUUCCAAAUAAAAUUGUUCUGUGUUCUUGCACAAUCAUAUGUUUAACCUUCACUUCUAAACACUUGCCCGGUAUAAGUUCGUUAUCCCGAUCACGAUAAUGUAAUAAUUCCACAUAUUUGUAUUUCAAUUUUUUCUAAACAAAUAAUUAGGAAAUCAGUAU